AAAUGCCACCUUUUUUACGACUCCAUCAUUCUUCUAGGUCAUAAAGUCUCCCGACUGGGGCUGUCGACACACUACGAGAAGGUUAAGGCGGUGCUGGAGAUGAAGAGACCUACGUGUACGUCGGAGCUGCAGACGUUUUUAGGCAUGCUGGUCUACUUCAACGCCUUUAUUCCGUACUACUCAGACGUCUGCGGACCGUUG